AUGAGAAGAAACGGAACCAGAAGCUGGAGCGUGAAUAAAGGCUUCAAGAGAAGAGUUUUCCGGAGCGAACAUCUUAUGAUAAAUUCUUUGAAUAUUCUUUUUGAAAAUAAGACGGUCUUCUUGGCAUACUUUAAAGACAAAGCUCAGCUGGACGAUGCAAUUGCUCUGGAUGGAGAUACAGAUCAAGCCUGGGUCAUUCAUGGGAAGCGUCAAGACAGUUCUACGGCGGGCUCUCCAAGGGAGGGACUUGCCAGCGCUCUCAUCAGUACGGUUCCGAAGGGUGACAACAGAGGGAAAUCAGUAAUUCAAAAAAUUCAAAACUCAGCAAUAGUAACGCUGGCAACUUUUAAAGAACCAACUACGGAAGAGGUGGUUGAUACUGUAAAUAAAUUUAGAAAAAACUUGCUGAAUGAAGUGCAAGUCAAAACGGUGUUGAUUCCAUUAAAAGACUACACUUCUCCAGGCAACGUGGUGAGAAUAAUAGAGGAAUAUAGAAAAGAAAUAAUGGUAGAACAUGAAAAGAUUUCACUUAGUGAUACAAUAAUGAUUGAUUCAUCAACGACAAAUGAUGCUGCCGAGAAAUUGAGUCAAUGA